AUGCGCGCGCGCGCGCGGCGAUGCGCGCGAACGGUGGUGCGCGUCCUUUUCUUCCUCGCGGUCGUCCACGCGCGCGUGCGCGGCGUCCGAGCGAGCGCGCGGGGGGCGUCCGCGCCAGCGGUUGACAUCGCCAGGCCGCUCUCUCGCGGCGUCAAGGCGGCGCUGGAGCGACCGUGCGACGCGUACGCGAAAGGAUUCGAGGAAGAGACGGCGGCGAGCGCGCGCGGUGGCGCGGCGGUGGCGCUGGAGCGCGCGUGCGCGGCGCAAGGGGGGGCGGCGGCGACGGCGAGCGACGCGUGCGAGGCGUACCGAGUCGUGAGCGACGGGUCGAGAGGGAUGAAACGAGAGGACGCGCUGCGAUAUCUUAGGCAGGCGUUACACGAGGCGUGUCAGACGAGCGCGGCGGCGAUGUCUAAUCCGGAGACGCGGGGUAAAAAGGAGGCGACGGCGUUCGUGCGAGACGCGGUGUCGCGCGCGGCGGAGGAGGAAGCGAUUGCUGGACGGGCGAGCUCGGCGAAUUGGCUCGGUUGGUCUGGUGUCUCGGACGUUCCAGGAGGCGCGGGAGGCGCGAGCACGGACGCCAAGGCUCGAGGGCUUUGGGGAUGGGAACGUGACGUUCCGAUACGGGUCAGGCCCGAGGACGCAUUCGGGGGGUCCGCGAGCCUGGACGCGAUCAGGCAUCAAGAGCAGCAGGCACUCCUAGAUAUUUAUAGAAGGACGAACGGUGCGCGAUGGUGCAAGCGCGAUGGAUGGGAUUCUAGUGACCGUUCGUACUGCGAGUGGUAUGGCGUCACAUGUCAGGAGAAGGAUUUGGGCGUAACCUUCAUAAAUUUGCGAGAUAACGGGUUGGAGGGCGACAUGCCGCAAGCCAUAGACGAGCUGAAAAUGCUUCAAGGAUUAGAUCUGUCGUACAAUCGUCUCGAGGGUCGGUUGAGCGCGAUGCUCGGCGAGCUGAAGGACUUACGCUACCUUUUGGUGCGCGCGAACUCGCUCUAUUCGGACAUUCCACCGGGACUGUUUCGCAAAGGUUCGGCGCUGACUCACGUAGAUUUGAGCGGAAACGCCUUAUCCGGGACGUUACCUGAAAAGGAGUUUGGUAAUCUCGCGAGUUUGCGAAUGUUCAACGCGUCCAGUAACGCGCUCACGGGGACCGUUCCGAACGUUGCCACGUUAACAGCGUUAGAGGUCUUCUCCGCGUCGAGAAACCGGUUUCGAGGCAAUGUGCCGCAGUUCGAAGAGAGUUCGAAGAUAAAAUUCUUUGACAUGAGCGAAAACUCCCUUAGUGGUCCCGUUCCCGAGCUCUUAUCGCAAUUACCAUUGGUGCUUUUUGACGUAUCGCACAAUUCUCUCCGGGGCAAACUUCCCGAGGCUCCGUUUCCUGGGACGCUUCGCGUCUACGACGUCGGGAAUAACGAAUUAAAUGGAACGAUACCGCAGACAUUCGCGCAUCUUGCGCACCUAGAACACUUAGACUUGGCGGCGAAUAAGUUUGGCGGCAAGCCACCCUUUGACGUCCUGCGGCGUCGGACCCUCAAAUAUUUCAACACGUCUUGGAACGACUUCGAGGGUGAGCUGCCUCGUAACAUUUACCAGGGCGAGAACGAACGAUCCGCGAUGCGUUUAGAAACCUUCGACGUGAGUCAUAACCGCCUGAGCGGCUCUUUACCCGAGGGACUGGUCGAGCUUGAAAAUUUACGCAUCGUGGACGUCGCCCACAACUUGCUAAGUGGUGACCUUCCCAAGAGCUGGACCGUGAAACACCUCGAACGUCUGAGCGUCAAGGCGAAUGUCUUCACUGGAUCCCUGCCAUCCGUGCUCGCUGCCGCGCGCCGAUUGCGCUACCUCGACCUGAGCGACAAUAGACUCAGCGGCCGAGUCGACUGGGCUGUCAUCUCCUUGCGUACGCUCGAGCACAUGGACGUCUCCGGAAACCGACUGAACUGGUUCGAGGGCGAAACCACGUCCUCCGGAAAAUCAAAAACAUCGCAUCGCAAUCGCGCCGUGGACUCGGCGAGCGCUGAGCUCUGA